UGCCGUGUGAAACAUCUACUGCAAUAUCAAACUGAACAUUUUUUACCACAAAGCUAAAAACUCAGGCCUUGAUUAAUAACAAACAUGCAGAUGAAAUAUAAACUGAGAGGCAGUAGGACCCAGUUCAUUUCUGGUUGUAUCUUGACCACAAGUAGCUGUCAGUAAUAGCUUCCGCUUAAAACUUUAUACUUGUUUUGUGCUCUCGUGAUGUUUGCUAACCACACUCAUUGCCUCUGUCUGGUGGUCUCAAGAAACGUAUACUUGAUGUGACCAUAUUCACUGCUGGCCUUGCAACAUGGAGCAGAAGGAGAUUAUUCAGCGUUAUAUUGAUGGUUAUGAGAGGAAGAAAACAAAGUCGGAAGAGUUUGCCAAUGAUUUCAUGAAUCUGAAACGACAAUCUGCAAAAUAUAAGACUGAUAACAACUACACUACAGUGGCAGCAGAAAGACCAGAGAACUUUAAGAAGAAUCGAUACAAAGACAUCUUCCCGUUUGACCACAGUCGCGUGGAACUGUCUCUGAUCACCUCAGAUGAAGAAACUGAUUAUAUCAAUGCCAGUUUUAUUAAGGGUGUAUAUGGUCCCAGGGCAUAUAUUGCCACUCAAGGCCCCCUGGCAAACACUGUUGUAGAUUUCUGGCGAAUGAUUUGGGAAUACAAUAUUGGGAUUAUUGUUAUGGCCUGUAUGGAGUUUGAAAUGGGGAAGAAAAAGUGUGAGCGAUACUGGGCAGAAGUAGGGUGUGAAGUGUCACUGUGUGGACCAUUUUCUAUUACAUGUACUAAGGAAGAGAAGAAGACAGAAUAUGUUAUCAGGCAGUUGGCAGUCACUUAUGGGAAUGAAAUACGAAUAGUUCAUCAAAUUCAUUACAAGAACUGGCCGGAUCAUGAUGUCCCCUCUUCUGUAAAGUACAUUUUAGAAAUGAUACAAGACAUGCGUCUUCUCCAGAGAGAUGAUACUCCACCAUUAUGUAUCCACUGCAGUGCUGGCUGUGGGCGGACUGGCGUCAUUUGUGUAAUUGAUUAUGUAUGGAGACUUCUAAAAGAUCAGAUUAUCCCAGUUAAUUUUAGCAUUUAUUCCAUUAUCCAAGAAAUGAGAACACAAAGAUCUUCACUGGUCCAGACCAAGGAACAGUAUGAACUUGUCUAUAAUGCAGUGAUCUAUCUAUUCAAGAAAGAACUUAAAAAGAUAAAUGGGAUAUCAGGCUCUGAGGAGGAUAUGACAUUCAAGAAUGCACCCUAUCCACAAGGCACUGACAGAGGAUUAAUAAAUCUUCACAGAGGUUUUACAGGACAGAUAAGAGAAGAUAUUCACCAAUGGACUGGAGGCUCAUCUGCAGCAGCCUGUAAUUCUGGGACAGAUUUUUCAAUAUUGGAACCAUUAACACCAUCAAAGAUGUAUAAAAAUUGUGGCAAUACAGAGGAAAACAUCCUCAAAAGCCAAACACAGAACAUAAUUGAUCAAUGUUUUGAUGUACCCCACCCUUUACCAAGGACACACUAUGGCAAGCAUUCCCAAAAUGUAACAUGUGAUGAUAACUUAAAUGCCAAACGUUCUGCCGCAGAAAGAAAGAUGAAUAGUGGACAUACACCAUUAACACGAACCAAAUCCACUCCCUUUGAACUGCACCAACAUAGACAGUCCUGUAUACUGGCAAAUACUUCAAAAGAGACAGAUAUGUACCAGGAUGAAUUCAAUGUUUUAUCUCUUAUGAAGCAGGGACCUAGUUUGACAAGCUCCUUAGGCAACUUAAAUACUGUUCAUAGCAGUCAUAUAUAUAGUCGUUUGACAGAAGACCCUUAUUUUUCACCAACUCUAUCUUCUGACCCUGGCUCACCCAAAUUUGCAGAUUUUUGUUUAGAGGCUAUUUGUCCUGAAAUUACUAAUUCACAAGUCAGCGGUAAGCAGAAUGCUGGCUCACUAUUGUCUGAAUCACAUCAUUUGGGCCACAUGAAUGAGCCUUCUAUACAAGGACCACUGGAAGGGGCUGAUGUUCCUCGGUUCAGCAACCUAAAUGGCAAGAGUGAUGACAGUCCUCCUCCACUGCCAGAACGUACACCGGAGUCCUUCAUAGUUCCUGAUGAGCAAAGUGAGCAAUGCAUAGGAACUGAGCAAUCACAGGACUCUUCUAAGUUGCAGCCUGUCCUGCAAUCAAGAAUUGGCAUGUCGCUGGAGUGGGGUGGUGUGUCCCAACAUAAGAUUGAUGACUUCAGGAACAUGGCACGCAGCAAGAGUGUAAAAGUGAGGGGAUCAAAGUUGGAAAAAAUCCAGAAUAGAUCACCUUCUCCGCCUCCCCUACCAGAAAGAACUAAGGAGUCAUAUAUUAUUGCAGAUGAAGCUUGCUAUGUAGAAAGCAUUGUUACUGAAAUCCCUGGGCCCGUGCAGCUCACCGAAAGAGAAAUCAGUGGCUGUGUGCCAUCUUCAGCACCUGGACAAGAGAUCACCAGAAAAAAGAGUAUGAAAAUAUUGAGAAACAUGAAAAAAAAUGUUUGCAGUGUGGCUAAAACUGAAUCUGCAUCUUCUGGAUCAAGUAGUCCUCUUUCAUUUUUACACUUUGGUUUUGGGAAACGAUUUGCAAAGCCAAAGGGGCCUAGGAAACCGCCAGCAACUUGGGACAUAUAAAACCAUCUGCACAUUUACAGUAUAAUAAUAGUUUAAAAAGAUAUUGUUGAUCCUAUUUAUUAUGAUACUGUGACAUUAUUCCUGACAUCUCACCUUCAUCCCUUAGAACUGUUGUGUGCCAUGUCAUACAUGAAGUCCAAUGGAGACAUAUGUUACACAUUAAACAUGACAAAAAUGUUCACAACUUUAUGCUACUUGGUAUUGAGGAUGAAACCUUCAAGUACUUUUUACCCAUGUACUGUAUAGCCAAAUGUGGACACCGGAUUGUAAGUUGUUUUAACUUAAAGCAGCUCUGUCACCCAGAGGCAUAUAGCCUAGUAGAGUUGAUGACGCUGAUUAAAACGAUACCUGUCUUAUAUCUGUCGGUGGUAUCGUUGCUGAGGAAAAUGUACAUUUAAAUUAUGCAAACUAUUCGAGCACCAGGAGGCAGGCUUAUAUGGUUUGAGCACUGCUCCAGAGACGCCCUUGGUGCUCCAUAAUGAUGCGCCUCUGCUUUUCAUCAUGCCCCCCCCUUCCUUUAGAUUGACGGCGCUAGACUGCACUCGUGUCCAGAAUGUGCGCACAGCAUCUUCACUCGUCAGGAUGAAGCUGAAGAUGUUGUGCGCAUGCGCCGUUCUAGACAUGACCGCGGUCUAGUCUAAAGUCAGAGGGGCAUCAUUAUGGAGCACCAGGGGUGUCAUCAACCCUACCAGGCUAUAUGCCUCUAAGUGACAGUCGCUUUAAAGAAGUUGCCAUUAAUGUAAAAAAUUAAAAUCAAAAAUGAAGAAGAUGAAAAAAAAUUGUUGAAUGAAUAAUACAAUAAACCAUGUUAACGGGAAUCUGUCAUCAGAUACAUUGACUAUAAAUCCAACUUCCGUGGGAGAUGUGCGCUGCUAACUACAGUACAAUCUCCAAAUGUGCCCCCAAUGUGGAGAAAUCAGUCUUUGAUUUUUAUGCAGAUUACCCCUGGGUACAACGAAGGCAUGGUCAUUGCUCCUCGUUGCACCCAGAGACUAUGCUCACUUACCUUGAUGUUCACACCCUCACCACUUUGACUGACAGGGGCCAGAAGUUUCGUGGUAGCACAUUCAAGGCACAUUCUCUAACCCUGUACCGCUCGUGUGUCGAAUGUGAUGCCGUGAGACUUCAGGGCCAGACGUGAAUAUGUCUUCACCUCCUGGCUUUGUCAGCCAAAGCGGUGGAGGCGUGGACAUCAAGACAAGUGAGCGGAGCCUCUGGGUGCAAUGAGGUGCAAUGC